AUGCUGCGCUCCACGAGCGGAGAUAAGCCAGAAUUGAGCAAUGCAGACGUCCCAUCCAACCCGGUGAUUGAGGUUCCUACAGCAGACUUGGAGAAGAAAGCUGCUAAAUCGAAAACCAAGGGUAAAAAGAAGUCCGCUAAAUACCCUCCGAAAAAAUCGAACUCCACGAACGAAGAGACAGAAGGCGAACCAAAGGCAGACGAUCAGCCAAAGGAGAAAAAGCCACACCAGUCAAGCACAUCUUCCAGACCUUCCCGUGGAGUCGCUCAAGUGAGACAAUUACUGGGAGCGAAUGUUAGACCGGGGGGAAAUGGCAGAUCGAAACAGAGACCGAAAAACAAUGAGGAACUUGUGCAGCUCCAUGCAUUUGUCUCCAAAACGCAUACUGGAACACUUUCCCCGGAGAGUGUCAAAGCAUUGGACAUCCCUACAGCCCCCGUUCCUCGCCUUUCAUUCGGCCUCGAUCGAGUUCUCUUCAACCCUGGUGUUUAUCAAUUACGAGACCCUCGAUCCCGCGUCUACAACUUCGACCCCUACCUAAGUCAGAUCAUGCCAGUUACAGAAUUCGACUUCAAUACUCUCAAAGACUAUAUCACUUCGUCAAAAGAUACAGCCCUUCGCGACGUUGCCGUUGAGAAUAAGAAGAAAUACCUGGGAUCCUCAUCAAGCAUGACUUCGGUUCUUUCACACUUCCACUAUUUGCUUUCCAGUUGGAGACCUAUCGAUACUCGCACAAUUUCUCAGGGAUUUCCCGACAAGUUGCGCAGUUUUACUCGUCUGCUCCGCGCUCCAGCUGCCAUGUUUCUUCACUACCAGGAUGGCGUGUACGCCAUUGAUGCGGACAAGGAGUUUGACUCAGCCAAUAUCCUCAUGAAUCUGGGCAAGUCCAUGGAGAAGUUACUCACUAUGCCCAAGGAGGAGUUUGAGCGCUACCGACGGUCCAGCGAGAACAAGAUCUCAGUUGAGGAGGAAGCGGCGAUCCCAGAAUCGUACCACUACUCCACUGUCGGUAAUUUCGUUAUGCGUUCGCAGCUCGAUGCCUACGACCCUCGGUUACCUGGAACUGGAAUGUUUGAUCUCAAGACACGAGCGGUAGUCUCAAUCCGCAUGGACGCAAGGAACUUUCAAAACGGACUUGGCUACGAGAUCAAGGGCCGAUUUGGUGAGUAUGAGUCGUACGAACGCGAAUACUUCGACAUGAUUCGGGCCGCAUUUUUGAAAUACUCGUUGCAAGUGCGCGUUGGCCGCAUGGACGGUAUCUUUGUGGCACACCACAAUGUCGAGCGCAUCUUCGGUUUCCAGUACAUCAGUCUUCCCGAAAUGGACCAGGCACUGCAUGGUCAGUCGAACACCGCGCUAGGAGAUGCCGAGUUCCAGCUGAGUCUGCAAAUGUGGCAAGAGAUUCUUGACAAAGCUACCGAGCGCUUCCCCAAACAAUCCCUGCGUUUCCACUUUGAGACCCGGGAUGCUCUGGUACCAUUCAUGUACAUCUUUGCCGAACCCGUCACUCAGGAAGAGAUCAAAGAGAUCCAAACCAAGAAUGCAGCAGACAUUGAAGCAUACCAAGAAAGUCUCUUGAACCCCACGCCGAAGGAACCCAUCACCCCGAUGGAACCGGGAGAAAACCCCACCCCCAACACAGCGGAGGAGCCUGAAUCCGUCGUUUACGACUCGGCCACACCACCAGACCCAACCUUCAAGGGGGAGAAGGAGCAAACUGCAGGCAAAGAGCUCUUCGCCAUGGCAUUGACAACCAAGAACUGGGUCAACAACAAGGUUGUUGAACGACCCAUGAAUUUCACCGAGACGGACGAAUGGAAACUUGAGUACGAGCUCCGAGAGCUGUCGCCCAAGCAGACCUCAAGAAUAUACAAGCAGGUCCAGAACCGACGCAAGACCAGCCUGUUAGUCUCAGGCGAGGAUACCCAAGGCGUUGUGAAUAACAUCUACAUGCGAAAGCUGCGACAGAUCAGCCGGGAUGGCCGGAAGUACCGUACAGCAGAGAAUGAGCUUGAUGAACAGGCUGGUACAAUCGUUUACACGGAGGAGAAUUAA